UCAUGAUCACAUGACCUACAUUGAAGUACAACAUGUCUGCAUUGUAAACAGUACUGCAAAUAUGUCUCUAGAAUACAAGACUAUCACAUAAUAUUCUGCAAUCAACGUUAGCCUGCGUAAGGUCAACACAGAAGAUGCAGACUGCUGCACGAUUCAGGUCUCAGUUGUGGAGUCUGAAGAUGCCUAGCCUGUGUCACAGAAGCUUUGCUGCCAUCUCCACUUACAAAGCUGUCAUUUUUGACAUGUAUGGAGUUCUCAUUCCGUCACCUGUCAAAUUGGCAACAGUGUUUGAACAACAGAACAGUGUUCCUCUGGGCACACUGGGCAAGGCCAUCAGGACAGGUGGGGAGGUGAACACGUGGAAGAGGUUCAUGCGUGGAGAGAUUGGGGCUGAGGAGUUUGUGGAGGCCUUCGGCAGACAGUGCAGUGAGAUAGCAGGAAGUCCUGUUCCCAUUGGCUCAUUCUUGUCUAAUCUGACCAGUGGGCCAAUGACCAGGCCUCUACCCGUCAUGAUGGAGGCCAUUUUGUGUGCUCGCUCCAGGGGCCUGAAGACUGCUGUCCUCAGCAACAACUUCCUCCAGCUUAACGGUGACCCCUUCCUGCCUCUGGACCACUCUCUCUUCGAUGUGAUAGUUGAGUCGUGUAGGGAGGGCCUCAGUAAGCCAGACCCUAGGAUCUACCACCUGUGCCUGAACAGACUGGGUGUCUCUGCCCAUGAGGCUGUGUUUCUUGAUGACCUGGAGUUAAACGUUGAGGCAGCUGCCCAGCUAGGGAUGCAUGCUAUCAAGGUAGGGGACAUUGCAGCGUCAGUGAAGGAGCUGGAAGGGGUGCUGGGGAUCCCCCUGUCAGGGUUUGUUCCUGGGCCUGGUUCUGCCCCUGGGGCCACAAAGCUCCCUAUGGACCAACUCACACAGUACCUGAGGAAGGCUCUCCAUCUGUCUGACAAAGGUACAUCUAUCCAUUUCUUUCAAGAAAAAGAAAAACUUGCACACUACUCUUGCCAGUAUAACUGUAGUUUAAAAUAUUACGUAUCGGCCUCUUGGCCUUUGUCAGAACAUUUCAAAACUUCUGUCUAUAAAUGGAUAGAAUUGAUAUUACCUCAGUGUUGUCAGUAGAAAGUCCCGUAGCCUCUAAAGGCACUGGGGGAAGGGAGGACCAGGACGUAUGUUGAUCUAUGAUGUCUGUCUAGAAAUGGAUAGAAUUGAUAUUACCUCAGUGUUGUCAGUAGAAAGUCCCGUAGCCUCUAAAGGCACUGGGAGAAGGGAGGACCAGGACGUAUGUUGAUCUAUGAUGUCUGUCUAGAAAUGGAUAGAAUUUAUAUUACCUCAGUGUUGUCAGUAGAAAGUCCUGUAGCCUCUAAAGGCACUGGGGGAAGGGAGGACCAGGACGUAUGUUGAUCUAUGAUGUCUGUCUAUAAAUGGAUAGAAUUGAUAUUACCUCAGUGUUGUCAGUAGAAAGUCCCGUAGCCUCUAAAGGCACUGGGAGAAGGGAGGACCAGGACGUAUGUUGAUCUAUGAUGUCUGUCUAGAAAUGGAUAGAAUUGAUAUUACCUCAGUGUUGUCAGUAGAAAGUCCCGUAGCCUCUAAAGGCACUGGGGGAAGGG